AUGAGACAGAUCCCUAAAUCAGAAUGGAAGUGGAUCUGCAGCUCAGCAGUUGAUGUGACUCUGGACCAUGAUACAGCACAGCCCCGGCUCAUCCUGUCUGCGGAGGGGAAACGAGUGAGACUGGGAGAGACACGGCAGGAUCUCCCUGACACUCCAGAGAGAUUUGAUCACAGGCUCUGUGUGCUGGGGAGGGAGGGCUUCACCUCGGGGAGACGCUACUGGCAGGUGCAGGUGGGGGAGAAUACAGCGUGGAUAUUAGGAGUCAGCAGAAUGUCUGCCCCGAGGAAGGGGUGGAUCAGCAUGACCCCCCAGCGGGGUUACUGGACUGUGGAGGGGUGGAGUGGAGGUGAGUUCACUGCUCUCACUGACCCCGAGACCCCCCUCCCCCGGAGCCUGAAGCCCCAGAAGCUGGGGGUGUAUCUGGAUUACGAGGAAGGGCAGCUCUCCUUUUACAAUGUGGAGACCAGAUCUCACAUCUACACUUUCACUGACAUGGAGUUCAAUCCCAAUGAGAAACUCUAUCCAUUCUUCUGUACUGGUUACAGGAAUACAGACCUUGUGCUGGAGUCCCCUGACCCUGACCUUGUCAGCGCUGCAGAUUAAACACACAUUGCUGUCUGAACCAGGAAACUAUUCAAACAGCUCAGACAUUCUCCUCUUCACUUUCACUGACACUCUCUCUGCACUCUUCUGGGCUGAUGAGAAGAAAUCCUCUCUCUUCCACCCUCUUACCCUGAGCCCCUCCUCUUUAUUUCUCUACACCCCCUUUCCUACUCUCCCUUUCUAUCUGCCUCUUUCCCCUCCACCUAUCCAUCUCCAGAUCCCUCUUUCUCUCCUCUUCUGCUCUCCUCUGCCUCCCCUAUGAUAUGUUAAUCCCCUCCAUCUCUCAACCCUGCCCUCUACUCUUCCUCUCUCCUCUAUCCUCUCCCUCUCUCCUCCCUCUACCUCUCCCCCUCCUCUCCUCUCUCCUCCCCUGCCAUCUCUACUCCCCCUCUCCUCUCUCUCUGAAUCGUAUUUUGUCAUAUACUUGUACUUUUUAGAACUGAAGUCAUUGUGUUUUCUCUUGCUCUUAUAUGUAUGAAUACUUGAACUGUGAUUCUUGAAAUGUAUUUUUGUUUACGACUGUAAGUCACUGUGGGUAACGGCGUCUGUGUCCUCAGAAGGCUCUGAUUAUAUUACGAUUACUAUCAGGAUCAUAUAACAAGUACUGCUUUAUUACAAAUUGAGCAGAAACUGCAUUUUUGUAUUAAGGAAAAAAAAAGUUGAAAAAUGGUGAAAAGCUUUAAAAUUGCAUCACUGCUGCUGCAAAUAAUAAGGUUAACACCUAAAACGAGUGUGUCCUCAGAAUUAGCAUGUGCCUUGUUUUAUGGUCAUUCCUUACUCAGCAAUGCGACCAUAGCUUCACUCUAAUAUGAAAUCCAUUUAAUGUAAAACUAAAUGUUUCUGGUAAAAGAUGUACGAUUCAUUUUCAAAGACAGUCUAAAACUAUUGUAAUUAUUGCUAUAGAAGUACCAGUUCUUUUGGAUCAAAAUACGGUUACUGACAGGCUUGUGGACUGAGGCAGUACUGAAACUUUCAGUUCAUUAUUAUGAAAACAAUAAAUAAAAAAUGGGUGUAUACUACAGCCGGUAG